GGAGGAGACGAAAGCUGCUGGCACUAGGCGCGCAGGUCAGCGCCCUGGUCCCACGGUUGGCAGGGGUGGGGGUGGGCGCCGACGCCCCUCGCCUGGCACUCCGCACCUGGCCCUGCGGGAAGUGCUUGCUGAUUGACAGCUGCGUUGUCCCAAAAAAGCUCGCCAAAGAUGCUGAUCUGCGGGUGGGUGUAGACGCGCAGCAGGCGCGCCGGUGCCCGCUCCCCUCUGCGCGCCUCCUGGGCCCGGCCGUCUCCCUGGCUGUGGACAAGCGGGGCUGUCGCCCCCGCCCCGCGCCACCCCCGCGGUCCCCGCCGGCCGGGCCCUCGAAGUCCCGCUCAGGUCGGCGGGCGCCUGCUCGUCCCAGCUCACCAUGCACUGCCACGCCGAACUGAGGCUGAGCUCUCCCGGCCAGCUCAAAGCAGCCAGGCGGCGCUACAAGACUUUCAUGAUCGACGAGAUCCUGUCCAAGGAGACCUGCGACUACUUUGAGAAACUUUCUCUCUACUCUGUGUGCCCGUCGCUGGUCGUGCGACCCAAGCCCCUGCAUUCCUGUACGGGCUCCCCUUCCCUUCGGGCAUACCCUCUGCUCUCGGUGAUCACCCGGCAGCCCACGGUCAUCUCCCACCUGGUCCCCACGACUCCAGGAAUCGCCCCCGUCUUGUCCCGCCAUGUAGCCACUGAGGCUACAUCUGCUGAGGCCCAAGGUGGCGAGGCUCUAGCCAGCAGUGAGUCAGAGACAGAACAGCCCACGCCACGGCAGAAGAAGCCCCGCCGGAGUCGCACCAUCUUCACCGAGCUGCAGCUCAUGGGCCUGGAGAAGAAGUUCCAGAAGCAGAAGUACUUGUCCACCCCAGACAGGUUGGAUUUGGCUCAGUCUCUGGGACUCACUCAGCUGCAGGUGAAGACCUGGUACCAGAAUCGCAGGAUGAAAUGGAAGAAAAUGGUUCUUAAAGGUGGACAGGAAGCACCCACAAAACCUAAAGGUCGUCCCAAGAAGAACUCCAUCCCUACAUCAGAAGAGAUUGAAGCUGAAGAGAAGAUGCACAACCAGGCCCAGAGUCAGGAGGGCCCAGAGCUCUUGCAGGGAUCUGAAGAGCCCUGUGAGGCGCAAGAACUAAAAGCAUGUGAUGUUCCCUUGGAAGUGGCAGAGCCGCCAGGCCAGCCCCAGGAGCUGCCAGGAGCCUCUUCCAAACCACCGCCAUUAAGCUAAAAUAAAACUCUUGGGGGGAAGGGGAGACUGGGAAGAAGGAAAAAGUGAAGGCAGAGAGACCAGGGUGAGAAACACCUCUAACAGCCAGGCCAGCUUGCCUCUCUCCCACCCACUGUUCUCAGCGGCACCUUCAUUGGAAGCAUCUGAAGAAGACUUGCUUGUCUCAGACUGUCCUCUUCCUGGAAGGCUGCGUAGUAAGCCAUACAUGCCCUUGAUUGAGAGAGACAGUGCCUUGAGCUCCUGCCCCCCAGGGUGACAGCUGCAGGGCUGGAUAGACACGGCACACUAGCCUGCAGAAGGUCUCGCCCAGCUGCUCCUUGACCCUGGGCAGCCAGUGGUUAAAGCUGGCUAGAGAGGAGGAGGUGCUUGGACAGCCUGCCCAGGCUCCUGGCUGACUCAGCACUUAUUUCUAUAGUUUUAAAAGAAUUUAAUGUUUUGGGGGGUUUUUUGUGGGGGGAGGAGGAGUGGGCAAGCAAAAGAGUUGGAGGAAGGGAGGGAUAAGUUCUUAGAAAUGUUUCUGGGUAACAUUGUUUGUUUGUUUGGAGACAUGUGUGCCUUUGUACCCGUUAUGAUAAGAUGGUCAGGUGACCAAGAAUUGAUAAGCUUUGUUUUUCUUGCUUCUUUUAGUUACCCUCCCUGAAGCUGCCAAUGCAGAUAUGUUAAGAUAACUUUUAUUUUUUAAUUAAAAAUAAA